UUUUUCUCCCUUCGCAAACAGGACUUCUUCCUUCUUCUCUCAGUUGAUUCUAAGCGAUGACUAGACUUCCCGAUUUACUGCUUCUCGUCGCCGUCGCCGCCCUAGCUAUUCUCCACGGCCAGGCGGUUUCCCGCCCUCCCGCGCCGGCCGCGCCGCCUGCGUCAGGCGGUUCGUCGUCCAUCUGCCCGCUGACCGGGCUGCCGCCCAAAAAACCCACCAUUCCGCUAGUGCGUUGCCCGGCCGCCAAGGCCCAAUCGUGCUGCGACAACUGUACGGAUCUGAGCCAGUCUCUGCAGCUGGUAGCGUCGAAUAUUAAAGACGUGGUGGCGGAGAUUAAUCCUAUUAUCGCGGAUGGGAUCGUUUCAGACUCGCCGGUGUGCGAUGCCCUCAUCGGCAUGACGCCAUGCUUGCAGCUGCUAGAGGACCUGAUGUGCGGGCUGUCGUGCAACCCUAACGCCGGCUCCUACACCGCGACAUCCAACACUGGAGUAAUUAUGAGCGUAUGCUCGGAUCUUGCGGACAACGUCUUCACACAAUGCAAGGGUCUUCAUUUCGGAGACAUGACCCUGUCAGGCCUGGUUAACACAGCCGAUGAGUUUAUGAGUUUUAUUGUCGCGAACGUGGUCAAGAUGCUUGGAGUGGCGGGUUUUAAGGUCCAAAUAUCUUCUUCGCCUUGUUUUAACGGCACUGGCCAGUACCCCCGUUACACUGCCUGCUGCGACCCCCUCAACGUGCCUGCUUCCACCUGCCCCGCCAACAUCACCGCAAACUAUGGAAACCUUAUCGGCCGAUCCAUUGACUCCGCUACAUGCCAAAACACUGCACCUCCAACUGGCCCUACUGCUCCUCCAGCUCCUGCUAGUCCUCCCCCUCCCAAGGCUGGUUCGCCUCCUGUCUCAGCCUACUUCACGGUUUUGGGUUAUCUGUUCUAUGUGGCCAUGGCUCUGCUUUCUCCUGCGUUUCUGUGAGGUAGAUUGAAUGUGGCUCACACAUGUGAAUACGGAUGGGCCACACAAAGCCUGCACUUGAGCUGGUUUUCUAUUUUUUUUUACUACCUGUAUUUGCCUUGUAAAAAGAAUACUG